AUGCAUCGCCUGAAGGCUGAGUCUCAGGGUCUGGAGCAUCGCGUCUCCUCCGUCUUGGAUGUUUACGGCACCUUGUUGGACUUUUCCAUACCCAAAGACGAAACAUACUGGCGCGUGUUCUUUCAGUUUCAGUGUAGCAGCGCGGCUUUUUUGGCUUUUUUGGACAACUGCGUCGUACGGUCUACGCGUAUUGCUGACUCCCCUGAAAAGCUUGCCAUUCUCGGAACCCACACUUUUCAUCCCCAAUAUGUUCCGAUCAUACAACAAUUUCUACUGAAUACAGUGACUACUCUUGAGGCAUAUCGCGAGGUGGAUGCUGAUUUGGAUUCCGGCUUCGAAUCUGAAUCAGUUUUGGUAUCUGAGGACUUGGAAAUGGUUUUGAACGCAUUUGUCACGGUCGGCAUGUUUGUUCAAUGGCUUGGUGACCCUGCGAGGCCAUGGGCUAGUGCUUCCUCCCUUAAAGAGAACGUUUUCAGUGAACUGCUUGAGCCACAGACUCUUAUAAGACUCACUCAUGUUGUUCUAUGGGGCAUUAAGGUGUGUUCCAGAGAUGAUUAUCGGGAAUGGCUUUCCGUUGAACACGACUCGCGGGGUUUUGAGGCUAGACUGGCUGUGAAACUGGCAGCUACCAAGUUGUAUCUGAAGCUCCAUUGGUGCGUUCAAAACACGUCUAUUGCGAUUCAGAAGAACGCAGGUACGCUACAAAGUCUUCUGGACGUGCUGGUACUGAAAGACCUGAUGGACGAGGAGAAGAAACACAUGAUUGGAUACGAAGGAUUAGGAGACACGCUUCGGUUGAUUGUGCUCGUCGGGCUCGGAGAUUUCCACUCGGAGCUAGACAUCGACAAUUCCAGUGCGAUCAACUAUACCAUUUCACAGUUCCUAUUGGUGGGCUUAAGGUUACUGUACAACCACAGUCCAGAUUUGCUCGUACAACACGAGGAGCAAUCAGGGUUUCUUUCUUGGAUCAGCUCUAAGAUCAUGACUUCUGAAAGCUACGAUGCAUAUCUACGCAACUAUCUGGAAGAUGAUAUGGAUGCCUAUUAUACGCGAAUUAAGCCUGAUGCUGACGAUGAUGACUGGAAUGACGACAUUCCUGGUCUGGAAUACGCGGAGCUUGUUCCCAUUUUGAUCAUUUUGAAUGACCUGAUUCUGCACUGUGAGCCCUACGAGCAAUCUCUCGUGAUAAGCGAGACGGGAAUUGGGACUUUUGAGCUUAUAGUUAGUCUUGGGUCGUUUCUGGUCCAGAAUCAGCGAGGAAGUGAAAAUAACACCCGAUGUGUUAGACUGAUUUUCCAGAUUUUCGACGCAUUUAUAACCAGGCGUCCGGAGUUGCUCGUUUCUAACGAAUUCAGAAAGGAGUCUGUGAAGCUAUGCUAUCAGAAAUUUCCUUUCAUCAAGCCUCAUGGAGCCAGUGAACACAGCCUGGCUGAGCCAGCCAGCCAUGCCACCACUGUCAAGGUGGCUUUUGCAGUUCUGGACGUAUUCCAGGGUGAAAUGAGGUUUGGAUUGACCCGGAGAACGUUCGAUAUUUCGUUUGUGCGCAGGCUAAAUGCCAAUGUUUUCACGCUCGUGACCUCUCUGAUCGACCUUGGUAUUGUGGGUUUCCCCAAGCGCGGGUCCGAAUACUGCUACUAUAAUUGGACAGAUUUUUGGAACUCGAAAUUUAUGAUGCUCAGGUUUUUGGUGCGAUUAAAUGCGCGGGAUCAGAUUAGUGGCAUUAAAAAGCCGAUAACGCAGGAAUUAUGCGCUAUGGAGUACUUGCUGACACUUGGAUCGCGGUCGAGUGAUUCAAAAUGGAACGAUCCAAGUUCGAUAUUGCCGCAACUUGUUUAUAAGUUGUUUGAAAACUCUAGUUGUGUGAGGCAGGCGUGGGAGGCCGUGCGAGAGACAAGCGACGGCCUUGAAGAUUUUCCGCUGAUAGGCGGGUUGCUCAAGCAACUCGACAAGAUGUUGAUAUUCUCGAAACAGCUGGGCUAUGAGUCCAUCAUGGAUCAAAUUUUGGAAUAUUUGAAUGAAACUGAGCGUGAUUUAGAGAAGGGCCAGCAGUCCUUAGACACUCUGUAUCUUCAGAUCGCCAGUCAAUCGGGUGUCGUUAGUGAUGAGGCUCUUCAUCGGGAAUGUGUUGAGAUGAUUCGGUCGAGCGAUACAUUAUUUUUAUGA